AUGUCUGAACAUGCAGAUGAAAGGCCGGUCAAGCAACGGAAAACGCACGCGCCACCGCUGGUACAGGAUAUCAAUGUUUGGGCAGAUGACGACGUAUCAUCGACGACCUCUUCAUCUUCUUCAGAGAUUAUAUUGCCUAUUCGACAUGCACAGCUUUCGCGUGGGGUCAUCGCUCCACCUGGUGAAGACGAACGCUCUACUGAAAACGAGAGUAUUGGCGCAGAAGACGAAGAGGAAACAACCACAUCCUCAGAGUCUACAGACACAGAGAGUGACAGCACGUCAGAAGGAGAGUCGUCUGAGGAGGAGGCGGCCGUGCAUGACGAGGUGACCAGGGCGCUACCAUCUAAGAGGAGUCCGGCGUCAGAGCACGAUCUCGAGUCGCGUCUGCAGGCCUUUUUGCCACAGCUACAGCAGGCAAACGCUGAGCUUGAGAGGUUGGGGGCGUCACACGACAGGAUGAUUGAUCAAGUAUCGGAUGAUGCAGACCAAUAUAUCGAGAUGGACCUGGGUGUAGGAGUCCUGGCCGAGCAAGAAGGCGAGACUCGGGAAGUAAGAAUACCACGGGCGGAAGCGAUGGGUGACGAAUCCAGCGAGGUGGAAGACAUGAGAGUCAGUGUCGACCAAGUGCAAGGAAACUCAUCAAGGACAAAGCGAAAAAUCGAGGAGCUUGGAUGA